AUGUGGCUUAUCAACACGGAGACAUAUCUAUUAGAGGAUAUCACAAACCCCCAAAAAGGGUCAUACGCCAUUCUCUCUCACACUUGGGAGGAUGAAGAGGUCUCUUUCCAGCAGUAUCAGAAAACGGGAGCAAGGAAUUUGAAAGGCUUCAAAAAAAUCGAUAUGACUAUCGAGCUAGCUCGCAAGAGAGGUCUAAAGUAUGCAUGGAUUGACACAUGUUGUAUCGAUAAGUCAAGUAGUGCUGAGCUCUCCGAGGCAAUCAACUCCAUGUUCAAGUGGUACUCAGAAGCUGCGGUGUGCCUCGCCUUUCUGUCUGACUUAUCCAACGCUGAGAUCGCGGAUUUACUAUCAACCCCUUACAUGACCCCAAGAACGGCCCAACUGGCAAAAUUCAAACAGCGAGAUGACCAUCAGAAGUCCUAUAAUGAGCUUAUCUCUCGGUGUCGGUGGUUCUCUCGUGGCUGGACAUUGCAAGAGUUGAUUGCGCCUCAAAUUGUUGAGUUCUACGAUGAUGAAUGGACUUUGGUUGGCACCAAGGAGACAUUAUUAUGGACGAUACAUUCAAUUACUCGGAUUCCUCUAAAUGUCUUGUCAAAUAAUGUGUCUUUUCGAAAGGUCCCAGUCGCUCAGCGUAUGUCGUGGGCGGCAGAUCGAAGCACGACUCGAGUCGAAGACAUUGCUUAUUGCCUCUUUGGUUUGUUGGGCGUGAACUUGGCUCCACUAUAUGGCGAAGGCGAGAACUCUUUCAUCCGCCUACAAGAAGAGUUAUUGAGGCAGUCAGAUGACAUAACGCUUUUUGCUUGGACAGCUGUGCCAAAAGAUGACCAGCCAUACCGAGGCAUCCUUGCCCGCUCCCCUCGGGAGUUUAGGAACAGUCACCACAUUAGACGACUUGAAGUUCCAACAUAUGUCGGUGAAUUUCGAAUGACCAACAAGGGGCUUCGUGUUAAUCAAAGCGACCUGUUUCGGGGAAUGGGUAAAGAGUGGUGGGUUAAGAGAUUCGGUUUUCGACCAAUUAUUGAGUAG